AUGGAUUUAAGAAGUGGAAAGCAGAUUGGAGAAAACGACAGUGAAGAAAUAUCAGAACAGGAAAGUAUGGGAGAACAAGAAACUCAUAGUGGAGGAAGUGACGUAGGAAUAAAAAGUAUGUUGGAGGAAAUGAUGAGGACGAUAAUGGAGGACAGAAAAAAGCAAGAGGAAGACAGAAAAAAGCAAGAGGAAGACAGAAAAAGAGAAGAAAUAAGAAAAGAUUUUCAAUCAUGGAAAAUGGACAUUAACAAGGACGUGGAAAGAAUAGACCAGGAUGUAGCAACGAUUGUGACAAAGACAAUAGAAAUAGAAGAUAAAAUGAAUAAACAAGAAAAUGAAAUAGAGAAGAUUGGAAGAAAUAUGAAUAAAAACACACAAGAAAUAGAAAAAGUAAAAAGGCAAGUGCAAGGAGGAUUAAUAGGAAAGCAGGAUGUGCUGGAGGAAGAACGAAAAAGGACAGAGGAGCAGAUAGAAGAACUCAAGAAAGAGGUACAAAGAGUAAGGGAAAUGAAAAACAAAGAUGGAGAAGUAAUAACCAGAGUGAUAUGCCAUGAAGAGAACAAGAUGCAUAAAUUUUCUGGAAAAAUAAACAGAUUACAUCCAGUCGUAUUUUUAAGAUCGAUAACAAGGAAAAUUCAAGAAUUGCAGGAUAGGAUUCAAAACGAAGAAACAAGGAAUGAAAGGAUUAAGGAACUUAUCAGGGAAAAUCUAGAAGGCGAGGCUUUACUAUGGGAAGUGAGAGAAAUGUUUAAGAAGUAUGAAGGUUUAGUGUCAAAUGAAAUGAGAGUGGCAGAAAGCUAUGUUCAUAAGUUAGAGGUAAGAGAUAUAGAUAAUUUUAGAGCAAAAACAUAUCCUAUUCCAUAUAUGCAUAAAGACAAAGUAAGGAAUGAAAUUGGAAAACUACUAAAAGAUGAAAUUAUAGAAAGAAGUAAUACACCUUAUGUAAAUCCUCUUGUGAUAGUGACCAAGAAAAGUGGUGAUAUAAGAAUUUGUUUAGAUGCUAGGACUAUAAAUAAGUACACGAUUCCACAGUAUGAGGCACCAUUAAUGAGACAAGACAACGACGAGGUACCAAUAGCUUUCACAUCAAGGGUGACGAAAAAACACGAACGAAACUAUAGUGUAUCAGAAAUAGAACUAGCGAGUAUAAUCUUCACAAUAACAAAAAUGAGAUUUUAUCUAUUAGGCAACAAAUUUACAGUACAGACAGACAAUCAAGCUUUGACUUCAAUACUAAGCAACAAAUUUGGUAAUAAUCGCAUCCACAGAUGGGCACUGUUACUUACAGAAUAUGACUUUGACAUACAAUACAUACCUGGAAAACAAAAUAUACUUGCAGAUGCUUUGACACGAAUGGACAGUAGACAAGUAGACGAACCUAGACAGAUUAAAGUAGGAAUAAAUUUAAUGAGAGACAACGACGGAAUAUUUUCUAUGACAGCCAUACAAGAAGACCAACGAAAACUGACAAACGAAGAAAAGGCAAAAUUAAAGUUCCAAAAUAACUGUUUCAUAAAACGGAUAAAAGAGGAAGAACUAUAUGCCAUUACGACGGAUUUGACGAAACAGAUAAUAGAAAAUUUACAUAAAGACUAUGGACAUGUUGGGUUAGACAAAACAUGGAGACUAUUCCGAGAAAAUUAUUACAGCAAACAUGACAGACAGAUAACCAAAAACAUAAUACAGACAUGCCAUAUUUGCCAAGUAGCCAAAGACAAAAACGCAACACUCAAUACAUUAAACACAUCAAUUAAAAAUUAA